AUGCUUGAUGAUAAUAAUAUUGUUAAUAAGAAUAAAGUUAUCAAGCAAAAACUAAAUGAAAAUAAAUCUUCUGAGCUUAUCGAUAAAAAUUUAAAAACUAAAAACAAGAUUCAAAAAGUAAUUGAUUCUAGUGAUAAACAUUCGUUGAACUCUUAUGAUGAAUUAAGUAAGUCAAUUAAUGAUAAAUUUAAUUGCAUUAAUAACAAACUUGAGAAUUUUUUUAGUAGCCCUAAUGAUGAAUUUAAUGAAAAAAAUAACGAAGAAUUUAAUGAAAAAUUUAAAAGUUUGAUAAACAUAUUUGAUUAUUUUGAUUCUAAAACUGAAACAGAACAUAAAUAUAAUGAGGUUCAAAGUGGCACAAUUCAAGAAAAUUCUGAAAACUUUCUGAUUAAAGAAGAGUUCUAUGUUAAAAAUCGAAAGGAUCCGGUUAAUGAAAUAAUGAAUGGAAGUCAUUCAAACGAGCAUUAUAUAAAUAAUUUAAAUAUGAACUCUGACCAUGAUCAUGAAAGUGAAGUUGAAAGUUAUGGUUUAGAAAGUGAUGAAGAAAUGGAAAGUGAAAACGAUCAUAAAGACAUUGAAAAGAAAAUUUUUAAUAUUGAUCAAAGUGAAAAAGGAGAAAAAACAUACUGUCAACAUAGUUUUAGUUCUAAAUUUGAAGAAAGCCUAAGAAAAUUGUUUCCUUUUGUUAAAGUGAUAAAUUUAUUGGAAUUAGUAGAUGUGGAUUUAUCAAACAUUGAUGGUAUUAAGUUUCGAAGGUUGAAAGGUUCUGGCAUUAUCAACGAUUACAGUUUUAGUUCUCAACUAAUUUCAAAAAAUGAAAAGCUAUUUGAAGAUCAUAUUUUUAAAAUCAAACAAGCUCAGAUCAAGACACGAAAACUAAAUCAGGAAAUCAAAUUAAAUUUUAAUGCAAUAAAUUUUUGGAAGGUUCUUGGAUUAAAACCUUUGCACGGUCCCAAAAAUUUCAAAAUUUUAUUUUUAGUAGAUGGAUCCAAUGAAAGUUUUUUUGAGACAGCUAGAAAAUUUUUAAGUGACAUUAUCGAAAACUAUAAAAACUGUGGGCUAGGAAAUAUUGAAAAGGUAAAUUGUAGUAAAUUGAUUUUAAAUCUUAAAUAUCAAGUUACUAGAAAAAAUAUGGCCGGAAAAAACGAGGUCUUCAAUGCUGACAAUAUAGAAGAAAGGAGAAGUUCUGCUGGAAUUUCCAAAGAAGAACAAAGCGUUAAUGACUUAGGCUUUCUUGAUGAUGGGAUUUUUAAUGUGGGUUGUUUUAAUGAUAAUUUUGAUAUUUAUUAUCAAACUAUUCAAAAAAAAAUGAGUGUAUUAGCAAAAGCAUUGGAUCUAAACGAAAGGCAAAAGCUCAAGAAAUUUGAAAAUCUUUUAGUUGAGCAAUCAGAGGGUGUAAAUCAUUCGAUUUUGGAUAAUAGACCUAUAUUAGUUCUUUUUGCAACAAAGUUUAAUGAUAUGGUGUCGAUUCUUCAAAUAUCAAAACUAUUUUAUGAAUUUCAACAAUUAUUAAAAAUACCAAACAAGGAUUUUGAAAACUUAAAUUCAAUCAAAAGAAGUCAAAAUCAAGAAAUUAAUUCAAACAAUUCAAUCAUUGAAUCAUUUUUGAAAGUCAUACCAGUUGAAUUUUUCAAUUCUUCCAAGCUACCUCCUUCCCAUGAAACAUUCAACAAGUUUUCUUUAAAUCUAUACAAUAGUUGUCCUAAUACUUCCAAAGAUUAUGUUUGCAUGGCAAAAACGUUGCCAGAAAAAAUUGAGUUUCAAUUCAGCUCAUCUCCUUCUGCUGAUCUAAUAUUAUCUGAAGGUUUAUAUUUGCAUCUUGCAUAUCAAAGAUCUAUUGAUAAAAACUGGUGUGUUGCCUGUUGGACAGAUCAAUGGGGAAAUAUGAAAAACUUGAAGUCUUGGUAUUGUCCCUCGUUCAUUAUCAAUAGGGAGUCUUUCAACAAUCAACAAUUUGAAAAUUCCGUUGGUAGAAAAAACUCAUUUGAAGAAGUCAGCAAUGAAAUGUGGGCUACCAGUAUAAAGAUGAUGUCUAGUUUUAAUGGAAAAACGUAUUUAAUUUUAACAAGAACUAAUAGUAUGAUCCCUGAUGACGAAUUAUACCAGUGGAAAAGAUUGUCGAUAUCAAAUAACAAAAUUCCUCUUAUUGUGUUGUCUGUUAAAUCGAAUUCUAAGUUUGUACUUGAUUUACCUGAAAGUUCGUUUCCUUUUGAUAAUAUAUUUAAAGAAUGCAACAAUUUGAUGCGUCACGGACUUAAUACAAAUUGUCAAAGAGAAGAGCAUGAGAGUGAACUGGUAGAUAUUGAUAAAAUUAAAUUCAAUCAAAAAAAUCAAUAUAACAUUGUUAAUAUAAGGGAAGAGGUUUACGGUAUAAUUUUGAAAAAUUCUAUUCCAUUAUUUAAUGAAGUGAGUCGACUACCAUUGAAAACUGGAUUUCUAGCAAAACCCUUAAAAGAUUCUGAUAAAAAAUUGAUGAUAUUUGAAGUUAAUUUAUUAAGUUGCCCAUCUAAUUUGAUUUCCACAAAUUUAUUAAAAACAUUAUUGAUUCAGUUAAGAAAUCUAAGUUUAUACUCCAGCAUUGCUGGAGUUUACAAUGAUGGUGGUAAAAGUAUUGUACCAUGGCAUAUUAUUGCAGUUGAAAAAGUGAUCAAUACAUUAAUUCAUAUUAGAGUAAAGCAACCAACACUAAAAGAAAAAUGA